AUGCACAACACUUCUACUUAUCACCACACCAUGCCGACCGAAGAGCAACUCCAUGGGAUCAUGGAAUCGCUGCGGGAGGUGACAAGAAAGUCCGGCUCCGCUCCGACAACACCCACAAAACACUCUCCCCGAAAUUCGACGCUCAAAACAGCAACUCCAAACAGAUUCACAACAGCAUCCUCGACAUCUGGAAAAAUAUCCAAACGACCGUCUUUAAUGGAGCGAAUUAGACAGGUCAAGGAGAAGGAUUAUCGAAGAACAACAAAGGAAAUCACAGAACUAGCUCCUACGACUACAGCAACAUCAACCCCUGCUACAUACACUCCGUGGUCCAAGGAAGACUUUCUUGACCGGGUCUCGACAUACACUUAUCAAAAGUACCCUAUUGAGACGUCGCUGUACCCGAAACUGAGUCCCUAUAAUGUGGCUCGUUACGGCUGGAAAUGUACAAGUUCAAAAAUGCUCCAAUGCGUGAGUUGUGGGAGUUAUCUGGCAGUUGUCUGUGGAGAGGAAGAUGAUGAAGCUACCAUCAAGGUUGUGCAGGAUAAGUAUCUUGGGCUUAUUACACGGAACCAUUCCAGUAGAUGCUUGUGGAAGAACAAGCCUUGUUCUGAGAGCCUGGGAUCGAUCAUGGGCAACAUUGGACGGCUUCGAAAGGAUUUAGGAGGAAAAAUUGCAAUUCCCGAGGGCGUCGAGGUUACUGUGGAUGGACAGAGUGUGGAGGAUUUCUUUAAGAAAUUACUUCUUGAAGUUGACGGUGAAGUAAACAAGGAAAUCGACGAGAAUAGGGGACUGGAUUUGAAGGAGGAAGUGAAAGAAAAUGGAUCUGGCUCUAAUAAGGACUCAAACGACCUGACGCAGUCAGCUGAACUUGGAUCCGACUCAAAACUCAUCCCGGAAGAAGUGUCUAGAAUCACACUCGCUGCUGGAUGGAGAGGAUCCCACAAUAUGUUCAAGUGCCACGUUUGUUCAAGAAUAGUCAAACCCUCUGAGACGUUUGAUGUGGUGCAGGAACACAGAGACUGGUGCCCCUACGUUGUGGAAAAAGAGGGUGACAAGCCCGCAUGGUGGCAAGUAUUGACCAAGCCAUCCAAGGAGUCUUCUAAGAAGCGUCUCUCCAAUAUCAGAGAGGUGUAUUUCGGUGUAUAG